GCGGCCUGGAACAUUUGUAAUCCGACGUUAGAAGUCAGCGGAUCGUGGCCAAAAUAAAAAAGAGUAAAUACAGAAAAAAAGUAAAUAAAAGUUUUAAGUGUCCCAGACAGCUGGUAAAAAGAUACUGAUACUGAUUCCUGACUCUCUGGACUUCUUCGCGUGUGUGUCUGCGGUCGAAGAUUCGGAGUUACUGUUAGUUGACACUAAUACGCGAGCUAGUGAAAUACGAGAAAUACAAGAUACAAGAUACAAAACCGAACGUGAAUUCGCGCGAGUGCAAAAAAAAAUUAAAGAAAAUAGAAAAACCCAUUUUAAAUAAAGGAAGAAAAAUUGCAGGAAAAUUCUACUAAAAAAACCAAAGAACAGAAAAAAACUAAAUAAAUCGAAUUCGCAAUCUUGGUCAAAAUGGUGCAUUUAAGUGCAGCCUGGAGCUGCUUUUUGGCCCUGAUUGCGAUGGCAACUAUUGCAACUGCUGCUUCUGCUGGCUCGGAUUAUCCGGGUGUCAUCGAACUGGUGGGUUAUAGCAAUCGUCGGGCACGCACCUACUUCCAGGAGACACCCCGCUCCAAUCCGAAUCCCCCGGCUGGAUUAACUUCGGCCAAAACUCGUGCAGAUAUCGAAACUGUUAAGCGGAAUAUCCGGAAGUACGAUCGAUUGCUCGAGUUGGAUACGAAAAACCUGCCCGAGCAGCAGAAGGAUAUGCUGGCCAGGAUCGUGGAGCGAGUGGCCAGGCUGAAGGAAUCCCUGGACAUUGAGGAGCAGCAGUUUGGCCAACAGGAGGCCACUUCAUCCAGGAGCAGCAGCACAUCGAGCACCACGCCGCAGGAAGCGGAAACGGAAACGGGCGAAACGGAACGGGAUCAGGAGCAGAGCACCCAGCCACCCACUGGAGCCACCGAGGCUGAAACGGAUCCCACUCUCAUCCUGGAUGAAACCACGCUGCUGGAACUGCAGAACACGAUGAACGAACAGGCUGCCAUGAGCACCAUAAUGAAGGAACUGCCCACCACCACGGAUGUGAGUCAGCAGCAGGAAACCGAAGCGGAAUCGGAAUCGGAGGCCACCGAUGAGGAGGCGGAAACCACCUCACCCAACCUAACCACCCAAUCCGAGGCGGCGACGACCAGCGAUGAAUCUCUCACCGAUUCCACCGAUCCCGAUGAUCAGUUCGUGGCCGCUCGAUCGAAUAAUAAUAUAGCUGCUAUAACGGCGGCCGAUGAUCCCGAUGGAGGUGCAACCACAACCACAACGAAUUCGGGCAGCCAGCAGCGCACAUUGACGACCAUGGGAAAGCUGAAGAACCGGGCCACCAAGCGACCCUUUGCCCACAAGGUCACCGCCGCUUUGAAACGCGGGGGUCAGCGGCCGAGCAGCGUGAGUGCAGCAGCGGCAAAUGCGGCAGCUGCCUCGAAGCCAAGUAGCAGUGGCACCACCUCCGCCGCAGCAGCGAGCAGUGCCACCACCUUGAAACAAAAAGUGGCCACCACCAACUUCCAGCAGAAGCAGCAGCAAUCGAAGCCGCUGCAGAAGGUUACUCCCUCGAUGGGAGGAGGCAGUUCAUCCAAUCCCUCCUCGGCAUCGAUUCCCUCGGCAACUACGAACUCAGCAGCAUCGCCUUCGUUGCCACUCGAACAGUUGUACACCCGCACUCCACAGGCAAAUAUUCCACUAGCAGCAGCAGCAGCUGCAUCCUCAUCAGCAGCAGCAGGAGCUGCAGGAUCAGCAGGAUCGGGAGCUUCAACGGCCACUUAUAACAACCAGCAGGACAGCAUGGUCUACGAUGCUCAUGUGAAUGCUUCGGCUUUGAUCGACAGCCUCAACACAAAUGCUCGCGAGGAGUACUACCAGCAGAAACUGGGAGCGGUCAACAAGGAUAACAAGAAAACGGCGACAGCGAAACCAACGAAAUAUCAUUAUUAUCCGCACAAUCAGCACAUUUAUCUGCUGCCCGAGUGUGCCAUUCAGCAGGUUUGCAAUGCGGUUUACGUGAGACUCAACUACACGCAACCUUUGUGCGCCUGUCCAUCAAGAUAUCGUGAUCCCUGCUCGGCCAGCCUGAAUGAAGAUGAUCAGCAUACCACAAAAUUGGUUGGCGAUAAUAAGAAGAAGGCCAUCACGUUGGCCAAAACCUGCGAGGCCACCACCGAAAUGCGCGAGUGCCGCUCACCCAAGGAUUGGUCCCUUCUGGCGCUCCAAAACACACGAACUGGCAAGUCGCACUACCUGGUCAUCUGUCGCUGUCCCGAUCACUUCAAGAUGGAGGGACCCAUGGCCCAUGACCAACCCACGUAUGCCAGCGUUCCCGGAAUCCGAGUCUUUGGCAUGAUGUGCGUGAAACCCGGAUACUCAGUACGCAAGCCCAGCAACCAGCCACCGAAGAGGUACCAACUGCAGAAGCCCUUCUACCGUCCCUCGGUGGGAACUACACUGGGUGGCCAGAAGGAUAGCUACGGCAGACCGAUCUACGGCGGUGGCAGCUCCUCGGGCAGCUCGGCCAUCAGUUCGAACUACCAGCCGCAGGAUCAGAGCUUCCAGAACGGAGGAGGCAGCUCGUACCAGUACCUCAACCGACCGGAGAGCACCAGCAGUAGCCACAGUUCGGCCAACUUCCGGCCGGAUCAGUUCUCGAUCAACAACUUCCCCGGCAGCAACUACGGCAGGAACAACGAGCGACGCGGCGAUCUGCCGCCCAUCGAGGCGAUUUCGAGUGGAUCGGGAACCGGAACGGAGGAGCAGCCGGGCAGCAGUACUCCGGCGGGCGAGGAGGAGGCCAGGACCACGCUGCAGGCGGAACAGGAGGCGGAACCGGCGGCCCCAGCUGCCCCACUUCCCGCGGAAUCGAUCAACACGGCCGAGGAGGCAGCCGUCGAGAGUCGCGCCCGACGAUCCCUGCCCGAAACGGACGACUUCGAGCCGGAAUUCCCGUGGGAUCGCGUUCUCGAGUUCCAGCAGAGCAUCAUUUGGGACUAAGUUCCGGGGAAUAUUCCGGGAAUACCAACCAACCAAUCCUAGUAGAUACAAUUUCAAUAGCACAAGGCGACUUUUCCGGCGAUAAAGAAAACUGUGCAACAACAACUGUGACUGAAGUAACGAGGAGAAAAAUCGAAAGUAAAAAGGGCUUCAAAAGAGAGCAACACGUUCACGUCACGUAACGUUCUACCGUAACGUAACGUAACGUAAUUAGCUAAGCUUUUCUUAAUUUAAAAGAAAGAGAAAAAAAAACAUUUUUUUUAGGCAUUUCCCUUGGCAUUUCUAAACCAGCGUACCACCCCCUCUUAAUUUAUAUAUUUAUACAUGUAUUUAUUUACAAAACAAUUUACGAAUUAAUUAAACAAUUACACGUGCCCGGGCCCGAUCGAAAUAAUUGUUUAAUUAAUUUGUUUUGCAUUUAAGCGUAACAAGGCCUCAAUUUCUUAAAAUAAUAUUUAAAGAUUUAAACGAAUAGUUUAGGUGCGAAACUGGAAACUAUCUUAAAAACGGAAACCAAUUAAACGAAAAGAUUAUAAAAUACAAAAAAACCAUCACCGAAAUUAUGUAACCUAAAUUUAGUUGCUUAUUUAUGUUUAGACAAUAAGCUGCAUUUACUAGUAGUUAAAUAAAAUACUAUUUUAAAAAUAUUA